AUGACAGCUCAUAGUUUAUUUGAAAUACAGGAAGCCCAGAAGAGUUGGUGUAUAGCAAACCCUUCAUCAAGUGAUUCAACACUGAAAAAUAACAUUGAAUUUGCUUGCAAUGUCUUGGGUGAUUGCAAGAUGAUCCAGCCAGGUGGAUCCUGCUUCGACCCCAACAAUCUCUUCAACCAUGCCUCUGCUGUCAUGAAUCAGUACUAUGCAUUUAAUGGUGGAAACGGUUGGAACUGUUACUUCUCAGGCUCUGGUCUCAUUGUUGUCAACGACCCUAGUUACGGUAACUGCACUUAUGCUUAG